CUGCCUGCGGACCUGGACCGGACUCUCCGCGAUUGCGGACUGGGAGUGGCUGCAUCUGGAGGGCGGUGCGCGUUCGGCCCGAAUGAGGACCCCGACGCUAUCAGGCAGCUGAUCGAACAUGUCGGCGACGUCGACUGCGUCGUAGUGUCCCACGGCUCCCCGAUGAUCAGCGCCGAAGUCAUGGACGGCGCCCCUAACCUCAAGAUCAUUGGCGAGCUGGAGGGAGACAGGUUCGCCUACCGCAUCGACGUGGAGUCCGCCUGGGAGCGCGGCAUCCGCACCGUCGAUACGACCCACGGUUCCUCCUAUCCAGUUGCCGAAUGGGCUCUUGCCCUGAUUCUCAUAUCCCUCCGCAAUGCGGGAGCGAGCUUCAGGAGUAUCCUGGCGGGAGACGCCCCCCAGUCCACUCACAACGAUUUCGGAUACCUCCACGGUGAGCUAUCCGGCAAACGGGUCGGACUCAUCGGAUGCGGCCACAUCGGACGCAGGCUGGUCAAGUACCUGAGACCGUUCGAGGUGGACAUUCGCGUUUACGAUCCCUAUCUGGCCAGCGAGAUGCCGGACGCGAUAGGUGUCGUGAAGACCUCGCUGGAGAACGUACUCUCGAAGUCCAACGUCAUCGUCUGCCUGGCUCCCCUCACGCCCGCCACAGAGGGAAUGGUCGGCAGGCGCGAGUUGGACAUGAUCCCUUCCAACUCGGUGUUCGUGAACGUGUCGCGUGGAACCGUGGUCGACAGCGACGCCCUCAUAGCGCGCCUAAAACGCGGAGACAUCGUCGCGGGGCUGGACGUGUUCGAUCCCGGAGCCGAUUCCACCGGACAGUGA